GGCCGCCAUUAAUUUUAAACUUAUUUUUCCGGUUGAUCUGAGAAAGUUCAAUUCCAUACCAUCUUCUCAUUGGCUCUCUGCUCCUGGCGUCAACUUAGCCGAUCGGUUCUUCCAUUGCCGUCAGAACGAGCUCAUCGGCUCAAUCGCCGAAGUUCUGGCUGGCAGCGUUGUUUGAAUGCUUUCGAUGGGUCUUUUGUCUUCUCUCUGCGUCUGCUUGCAGAAAAAACUUAGAGCAGCUAAUUCUGCGGGUGCCGAUGAAGCGGAUGAUGAAGAUGUAUCCACUGACAUCUUCUUUGAACUAAGUACUUUGCAAAUCGCAACUAAUUUCUUUUCCGAGGCAAAUAAGCUCGGCAAUGGAGGAUUUGGGCCCGUCUACAAGGACAGUGUCGGAUGCUGAUCUAAUGUGGCUAGAAUUGCCAAAUAUACAGGGGUUGAUGCCAAAUGGCCAACAAGUAGCAGUGAAGAAGCUAUCGGUAGAUUCAAGACAAGGAGUGAAGCAAUUUAGUAAUGAAGUGAAACUUCUACUGAGAAUUCAGCACCGAAAUUUGGUCAUUUUAUUGGGCUGUUGUGUAGAAGGACCUGAAAAGAUGCUUGUAUAUGAGUACCUGCCAAACAGAAGUCUUGAUUACUUUAUUUUUGAUAAAAAAAAGUCUUCAUCCCUGGAUUGGACAACACGGUUCCAUAUAAUUACAGGUAUCGUGAGAGGUCUCCUCUACUUACAUGAAGAGGCUCCUGCAAGAAUUAUACAUAGAGAUAUCAAAGCUAGUAACAUAUUAUUAGAUGAGCAACUGAAUCCGAAAAUCUCAGAUUUUGGAUUAGCACGACUUUUUCCUGGGGAUGACACACAUUUGAAUACAUUUAAUGUCGCUGGCACUCAUGGCUAUAUGGCUCCCGAAUAUGCAAUUCAUGGAUAUUUGUUUGUGAAGAGUGACAUUUUCAGUUUUGGCAUCUUGGUAUUAGAGAUUGUUAGUGGAAGAAAAAAUCACGACGAUCGACUUGGCGCACCACAAGUUGACCUCUUGGGAUAUGCAUGGUUGCUUUACCAAGAAGGAAGGAUUUUAGAGUUGACUGAUAAAAGCCUAACAAAAUGCAAUGCAGAUGAGGCAGCAAUGUGCAUUCAGUUGGGUUUGUUAUGUUGUCAAGCAAGUGUUACAGAUAGGCCUGAUAUGAAUACCAUUCAUCUCAUGCUUUCUAGUGAUUCUUUCACGUUGCCGCGACCUGGAAAACCUGGAAUUCGUGGUCGAGCAGCAUGUCAAACAACUACCUCUACUACGGCUUUCACCAAGACAAAUACUAGUACACAAAGUGGCGUUACCAAAGCUUCUACUACAACUAGUAGUUUGGUAGAGGAUUAUUCAAGGAAUUCCAUAUCUGUUUCUUCUAUUGAUGAAGGCAGGUGAUCAUUUCUGUUGUGCAUAGUAUGAAGAAAUUUGCAUUAACGUUGCGUGCGUUCAUAUCAAUUCUUUUCAUUUUUAGGUAACUGUAACAAUGGUUAUUUAGGGUUAUUUCAUAGCGAGCAAAAUUUUAUAAUUUUAACUUUCUAUAAUUCUGUUAGUUAUGUUAUUGCAACAAAUCAAGGGUUAGCGCUUCUUGGCCUUACACU